UAAAUUCUGAGCCAUUCUGUCUCCUGGUGAAGGCGCAUCAGGUGCGCACGGAUCACCGGCUGGAAGACAAUGGUUAUUGGUUAUUCGGUUAUUCGUCGAAUCUGCUCAUUCUGGGCUUGAUAAGUAAAUUAUACCCGUAAAGUGGCCUUUCAAGGAAUAGUAAAUGUUUAAUCUCAAUUAAAACUUAAGCCACGGAAGUUUUCCGAAGAGCGAAACCCUGCAUCAAGUGGAAAAACCCUGAAUGUGGAGGAUUUGGAGACGUGCGUAUGUCUUGCGUUCAUGCCCAGCCCGUACUUCGAUAGACGUGCGUUGUAACACUCUUCAACAACACUGACUGAAACAUGAAUACGUCCGAGUUUCCCGUGCGCUUUGAGGAGCAAUGGAACAUGAGCUGGAUGGAGGAAGAGAGUAAUAAACUUUUAUUCGGGAUCGGUACGGAUAAUUUCAUCACGCUUUUGGUGUUCGGGAUCAUCUUUACACUCGGCGUCCUGGGGAACGCGAUGGUGAUCACCGUGCUGGCCAGAAAUAAGCCGGGGAAACCCAGAAGCACCACCAACAUAUUCAUCCUGAACCUCAGCAUCGCAGACCUGUCCUACUUGUUGUUUUGUAUUCCUUUCCAGUCGACCAUUUACAUGAUGCCAACUUGGGUGCUCGGCGCAUUUAUUUGCAAGUUCAUCCACUAUUUCUUCACAGUGUCCAUGUUGGUCAGCAUCUUCACUUUAUCCGCUAUGUCCGUGGACAGGUACAUUGCUAUUGUGCAUUCGAGAAAGUCCUCCUCCAUACGAGUGGCAAAGCAUGCUCUCCUCGGAGUGGUGGUGAUAUGGGUGUUAUCGCUGACCAUGGCAGCCCCUGUGAUGUACUAUCAGAACAUAUUCCAGCGAGAGGAGAACCGCACUUUUUGCUGGGAAUGGUGGCCGGAUCCGUACCAGAAGAAAGUCUAUGUUGUGUGCACCUUCGUUUUUGGUUACGUGUUGCCCCUGCUUCUCAUUUCUUUCUGUUACGCAAAGGUGCUAAACCACUUGCACAAAAAACUAAGAAACAUGUCCAAAAAGUCAGAGGCAUCGAAGAAAAAGACCGCCCAGACGGUGCUGGUGGUGGUGGUGGUGUUCUGUCUGUCCUGGCUGCCCCAUCAUGUGGUUCAUCUGUGGGUGGAGUUUGGCACCUUCCCCCUGAAUCAGGCCUCCUUCGUGCUGCGGGUGGCCGCCCACUGCCUGGCCUACAGCAACUCCUCCGUCAACCCCGUCAUCUACGCCUUCCUGUCUGAGAACUUCCGGAAGGCUUACAAGCAGGUGUUCAAGUGCCAGAUCGGCACCAGUGACUCGCCGCUGAACGACGUCAAGGAGAUACGCAGCAAGGUGGACACGCCCCCCUCCACUAACUGCACCAACGUCUGAAAUAACACUCUGGUCUGUCUGCGUGGGAGACUUGUUAGCAUCAGUAAAACAUGACUUAAGUGCAACGUCCGCAUGCCAGGGGAAACAUUCAGAGACGCUUUAGCAGACUUUUCACGCCCCAACGUGAAGCUGGUGAUUUUUUUUGUGUUUAUUAACUUCUUUAUGUUUAUUAAGGUAGCUUAGCUUACUCCAUUACCAUUUGUAGUUUGCCAGGUACACAAGAAAGAACAGACAAUUCACAAGCCUUUACUGUGAGAAGGUCACCGGGACUUCAGAACACACCAUCGGCAAAUCAAAAACCAUGAAUAAAAACACGUGUUGACAAUGGACUCCAGGAGUUGACAUGGGAAAUAUUGACCUUCCUAGACAAUGCCGAGCAAACAAUAGAUUUCCAUUGGGCGAAAAUGUCAUGGCAAUGCCAAGGGACAGACCGCAUGAUGACUAUGAAUGUUUCAUAACAAUGCAUGGGGAGGGAUAACAGGGUAAGUGACAAACAACAGAGGAGGUCGCUUCAAGUUGCAUUGUUCUACAUUAGUGCUGCUCAUUCAUACUAAGGGGCCCUGUCUGGUAAGGGUCCCUGAUGGUCCUUGAGGGCCCUCUUCAUUAGUGCUAUGUCUUUUGUAAUCUGUUUUUUUUUUUUUCACAAAGAAAGUGUGUUUGGAAACAGUGGCACUCGCUAGCCACUCUGGGAGCGAAAGCGGACAGGAAAUGUUUUGGAUGUCGACGUCCGACGUUAGGAUGGAGUGAGUGAGUGAGAGAGAGAGAGAGAGAGAGAGAGAGAGAGAGAGAGAGAGAGAGAGAGAGAGAGAGAGAGAGAGAGAGAGGGAGAGAAUGAGAGAGAGAGAGAGAGAGAGAGAGAGAGAGUGAGAGAUGGAGAUACAUAUAUGUGGAAACUAAAUGUGUAUUUUAUUUAAAUGAUGUCAGACAUAUUACAGUUCACAGAGUGCACUUGGUUUUGAGGCUGUGUUGUUUACUUUGCUUUGCCUUUGUGAUAAAAGCCAAUAUUGAUCUUCUCCUGAGAAAAUGUCUUGCUGUUAUCGAAGCUUGAAAAAGGUUGUUUUUAUAUAAAUGUGUUAAACGUUUGCAGUAGUGAUAAGCAGGGCUAUUUGAAUAUAACUGUGCUGUGUACAGUAUCUAAACGCUCACUCCACUUCAUCAGGAAAGAGAUCAGAAGGUUUUAUUUUCCAGCAAAAGUCAAGAAGAGGUUAACAACCAUGCAGUAUAUUAGUAUGCGGUACCACAUUGCAUGUUUGAGGGUCAUAAAGGCAGACAUGAAGGUGGUGCAUGGUUGUUCAUUUAUGCCACACAUAUAAUACGGCUUCAGCAGUUACAUAUCAGUUAUAAUAAAAGUUGAUUAAAACAUUUUAAAGGAUAAAAGGAAAAAGUACAAAUUAAUGAGCACAUGAACAACUAUUUUCAGUUAAUAUAACACCGAGACCAAAUAAUAUCACACCCACCCAAAAAGUGAAACUUGUGGACAUGCAUGCAAAGUCAAGAACGAUAUGAAUGAAGUCAUAACACGUGUUGCUGUAUGUAGGCCUAUAGACUAUAUCUCCCUGCUUUAAAAACAGGGAGAUGCUGAAGUCUCAACUUCAGCAUUGUUUUCCAUUCCUAGUUAUCUACAAAAAAGUACUUGAUAAAGAAUGCUUACUGCAGUAGAAAAUAAUAUAUUUGCUUAGGUGUUGCUGUGCUUCAAAUAUGAAAGUAAUCUUCUCCUUCGUACUUUAACAGCUUAUUGCAGUAGCCUAUUCUUUCUUGGCACAUUGUUUCUGAACUAUAGAUUUCAUAAUAUACUUCCACUGUGACCCUGUGUUGUGCUUAUUAAAGUGAAUGUUUAA